AUGGUAGGUGGCUGCAAUAUUGAAGGAGAAGAUGAAAGCUGGGAUUUUGGCACCGGUGCUGGUUUUUAUGUGGAUGCCACUGAAGAUCCUUGGAAGACAAACUAUAGGAUGUAUUCCUACAUAAAGGAUGAGCUGCCUAAACUAAUAAAUGCCAAUUUUCCAACUGACCCGGAACGCAUGUCUAUUUUUGGGCAUUCCAUGGGAGGUCAUGGAGCUCUUAUUCUUGCUCUGAAGAAUCCUGGAAAGUACAAAUCCGUAUCGGCAUUUGCUCCUAUCUGCAACCCAAUUCAGUGUCAGUGGGGGAAGAAAGCCCUGGGUGGAUAUCUGGGAUCAGAUGUAAGCAAAUGGGAGGUAGGUGUCGCAACCGCUGUCCUGGAGUGGCAGCUGAACGAGUGGGCCGUUCUCACGGCAGGAACACGACUCGGGGGCGCCCCUGAGCUAGUCCAGCGCUGCCGCCGCACCCCUGAGCGGGGAGAAGUGUUGUGU